AUUCCUAUCCCUAAAUGUACCCAUCUAGGAUAGAUUCCCCGGGCAGUAAUCACAAUUAUGAUCUUAUUUAUGAGAUUCGUUGAUUAAUGUGUGCCUUUUCUUCAGACUGAGCUCCAUGACAAAAGGGGUUACACCCUUUUCCCCUGUCUCCACUAUAUCUCACACUUGGCCUGGAAUGAAUGAAGUCUACCAUAAAUGUUGAGUGAAGAAAGCACAAAUCAAUGCAAGAGUAUAAUCUCUAUCUGGGAGACGUGGUAUACAGGAAAGUGAACAAAGUAUGAGUGGAGUGUUUAACAUGGGGAGCUGACUUGGUUUGUAGAGGAUGUGAAGGAUGACCUGGCAUUACCUGUGGGAAGGGUCAGGCUGCUGGAGAGUAUCCUAGGCAGAGAGUAUCCGUUAAAAAGAUCCUAAGGUUGGAGCAGAGUAGUUCAUACAGAGACAACAGCAGGUAUAAAGAUCCCGAGUUAGCAUCGUAGAGGGAACGGAAAGAAGGCCAGAAUGGCUAAAUCAAGAAGGGUGGCAUAAUGUAAGGCCAGCAGGAAAUUACAGCAUGCAAUGAAGUUAGGGAACAUGCUGGUUUUGGGGCAGAAUAUGACCGCUUAGCAAGAAUACAGUGUCUGUAGGGGAUACAACUAAAAUAAUAACCCAGACAUUUUGCAUGUUGAGGUGGCUUUUCAGGGUCCUUUGCUAAUGAGUUUUGGUAAUCACUGGGUCCUAGAAUGGAGUGAUGAACAAAAAGAUGCCUGCCCCAAGGUCCAAGAAAAGGAAGACUUCCCCUUUGAUUCUUUUUCUGAAUUUUCUCGGUGACUCUAUCCUUCUAUAUUAACUUCAGAAUCACUUUAUCAGGUUUUAAAAGAAAACCUGUUGGGAUUAUGAUUGGAAGUGAUUUAAUGUAGUUACUGAACAUGGCCUUUGGAAUUCUGACAGAUCUGGUUUGGAAUCCAAAUUCAUUCAUCCACUACCUUGUGACCUUGGUAGAGAGAAUUAUUCUCUUAGCCUGUUUUCUCAUUUGGGGAGAAGAAAAUUCAGAGGAUUAUAGUGAAGACUGAAUGAAGGGGUGUGUAUUUUACAUCUCAAAACUUAUUUUUUUAACUUGUUAUGUUUCUCAGUAAAAGUUUAUUUUUAAAAAAUAAAGGUCUGGGUUUCCUUUUCCUCUUGUUAGGUUUUGCUUUAGUUUGUUUGCUUACUUGUUUGUUUCUUUGGGGUUUUUUGUUUGUUUGUUUGUUUUUUGCUUGUGUGUACUCCUAUUCCCCCUGUACUCAUGUCUUAUGCAGGACAGGCAGCAUUGCUCUGGUGCCUGAGGGCAAGUUACUUACUCUUUCAAAAUCUGUUUCCUCAGCAUUCAAACUUCAUUGUAUAGUGUGGAUUGAAAGAAGAAAUAUAUGCCACUUACCCAGUGGGCAUUCAGUAAAUGAUGGCUGGUAUUAUUAUUGGCAAACAGGUUUGUUGGUUUAAAGGAGAGCCUUUGACUGGGCCAAGCUCACUCAUGGUUCUCUUUGUUUCUUCCCUCAGCCUCUGCCCUUCACUGAGAGGGAGCCCAGGUGAUGGCAGCCAUGCCCCUGAACCCCUGGCACCAGUCAUCCCUAAUAGGACCCCUCCCUCAUACUGUACCCAGGCCGAGUCAGAGAAUUGGCUCUGGGGCAGCAGGAACUUCUUGUUGUAGGAGUUGGUGACCUUUGAGGACGUGGCUAUCUACUUCACUGGGACAGAAUGGACUUGUCUUUCUCCUGGACAGAAGGCUCUGUACAGAAGUGUGAUGCUGGAGAAUUAUGGGAACUUGACAUCCCUGGGUAAGGUUGCUUUCCUCCUGGGACUCAGGUGUAUGCUUUCCUGUUUCCUUCCUUGUUUUCUCCUAAUAGGCUGGGUGUGCAGUGUGGAAAGGGAGUGGUUGUCUCUGGUAUCCUCCAGUGUGUGGCUCCGGGGCUGAGACUGAAUGACCCACUUCAAAGGAUAUCAAGUUCCCAGACCUGCCCUGAUCUCGCUUCUGGAGGCAGGGAAUUUGCCAUGGGGCCUGGAGGCACAGGAUAACCUAUCUGCAGAGAGGACCAAAGACAUCUGUGAAGAUACUGAGACCAACAUUAACAGUGAGUCCACAUCAACACAGGGAAUUUCUGAAGAAAGAGAUGUCAUGUUGUCACAUGGUUUGCAGAAGAGUGUUCUUCAGGGAACCAACUUGCUAGAAACCAGUGAACUGGAGAAACACCAGGAAAUCUCCACAGUAAAAAAUAUUAAAGGAAAGGCUCCAAGAAUCCACUGUGCAAGGAAACCCUUCAUAUGUGAGGAGUGUGGGAAAUGCUUCAGUUAUUUUUCUUACUUUGUUAGACACCAGAGAAUUCACACCGGGGAGAAACCCUUUGAGUGUAAUGAGUGUGGAAAAGCCUUUAAUGGCAAUUCUUCAUUAAUCCGGCACCAGAGAAUCCACACUGGAGAGAAACCCUAUCAGUGUGAAGAAUGUGGAAGAGCCUUUAAUGAUAAUGCAAAUCUGAUCAGGCAUCAGAGAAUCCACAGUGGAGACAGACCCUAUCUCUGUGGAGAGUGUGGAAAUAGUUUUACCAGUAGUUCUGAGUUUGUUAUACAUCAGAGAAUCCACACUGGGGAGAAACCUUAUGAGUGUAAUGAGUGUGGAAAAGCUUUUGUUGGUAAUUCACCACUGCUUCGACAUCAAAAAAUCCACACUGGAGAGAAACCCUAUGAAUGUAAUGAAUGUGGCAAAAGCUUUGGAAGGACUUCUCAUCUUAGCCAACAUCAACGUAUUCACACAGGGGAAAAGCCUUAUUCUUGUAAAAUAUGUGGGCAGGCCUUCAAUUUUCAUACGAAACUAACUCGGCACCAGAGAGUCCACAGUAUAGAGAAACGCUUUGACUGUGUAGAUUGUGGAAAAGGCUUUAGUGCUCAGGAACAAUUAAAAAGGCAUCUAAGGAUCCAUAUUCAGGAGUCUUCCUCUUUAUGUGCUGAGUGUGGAAAAGUCUUCACUAGCAAAAGAAAUCUUCUUCAGCAUCAAAGAAUCCAUACUGGCCAGAAACCCUAUGAGUGUGUCAAGUAUGAAAAAACCUUUAGGACUUCUUCCAAGCUAGGUCAUCAUGAACAUGUCUACCCCGGAGAGAAACCUGUCCUGGACAUUUGUCAUUUUGGCCUCCCAGAAUUUUUCACCCCCUUUUACUGGUAAUAGUACACUCAAUUUCCUUUUGGAUUUCAUCUUUCACUCUAGUGGGAUGUGUGACACAGGCCUGGCCACAGAUUCCUUCCCCUAAGCUAUAGUUAUUGGUUCAGAUGUCAGUAGUUCACCCACAAUGGUCCAGUUAGAGCCCCAGGACUUGGUAAGAAUUAAUAGGAAGAAAUGCUCUUCUUUUUUUCCUUAGUCUUACAGUGGAGAGGAAGUCUUAGAUUCUUGUGGAGACAGAAUAAAGUUAACAGAGUCAAAGAGGAAUCAGAGUUGAAGAGCAAUCACCCUGGAAUCUUCUGUUUGAACAACUGCGUUAAAUCAUAUCUGAAGCCAGAAAUACAUCUGGGUUUUUUGAUUCCAGUAACCAAUACAUUUAGCUUUGUUUUUGUUCUGUUGUGUUUCUUUGUUGUUGUUCAAGCAGGUUUAGGGUAGGUUUUCUUUCCUUGCAACAGAGCCUUACCAGCAUAACAAAAAUCUUCAGGGAUAACAAAUCUUAAGGAGAGUGUUUUGUGUUCCAGCAGUUCCUGUGAUUGUAACAAGAAUGGAAAACCCGUUGUAAUUCAAGAGCACAGGCUAUAUCAGGACACUAGUAUAUAGAAGUUCUAGCUAUUUGAGGGGCACCUGAGUGGCUCAGUUGGUUGUGUGUCUGACUCUUGAUUUCAG